GCUCUCGGGCGCCGCCGCCGCCGGGGCCGCUGCCGGUGCCGCUGCCGGGCCAUGGCCUUCACGCUCUACUCGCUCCUGCAGGCCUCGCUCCUCAUCGUCAAUGCCGUGGCCGUGCUGCACGAGGAGCGCUUCCUCCGCCACGUUGGCUGGGGAAGCGAUCAAGGGAUUGGAGGAUUUGGAGAGGAACCAGGAAUUAAAGCACAGCUGACAAACCUCAUUCGAUCAAUACGAACUGUUAUGAGAGUGCCAUUAAUAGCCCUGAACUCCAUCACAAUCAUUCUCCUCCUGCUGUUUGGCUGAAGACACCCCGUAGAAAUUCUUCGGACUUCCAGAGAAGCCAAUUGCUGACCACCACUGCUCUGAGUACCUUGGGAUCCAGCACGGUUUAGCUGUCAAUCUGACAUUCAACUUAAAAUAAUAAAAGACACUGUUUCUAUUUAUCCCAUUUCCUAAUGUUCCCUUGCAGUUUCAUUAACAGGAUCACGGGAUCAAUGCAACAACGCUGCAAAUACAUUGAACUGUGACCAGUUCUGUUGGCUGCCUGUUCAUAGUGUUGAUUAAUUAUUAGAGUAAAUGUCAUAGGAUGUUGCAGUGACUGGCAAUGGGAUGCAGCUUUUAAAUGCUCCGUUACUCAGGGAUUAAUUUCCUUCAGUACGUUCUCCAAUUUGUUUUUAAAUUGAGAAAAAGAACAAACAACAAACGUGUUUGCUUUCAUUUCAGUUACUACCAUGGAACUCUUUAAGAGAAUAUGGACUGAGCUCUGAAAGUGUGUUGUAAAGAAUAUUUGUUAUAAAGGAUUGAAGUCCAGCUGUGAUAUGGAGAGAGAUAAAAUCAGCUGCGUAAAGUCCUGGUUCAGCUUAACAUUGAAAGCUGAAUUUUCCUGCUUUGAUUGGGGAUUUUUGUCUUCAAACAGUAUUUCAUACUGACAGAAAAGUCAGUAGAAAAUGGGUGCAACUGCAGUGCAAAACUUAAAAAAUAAAUUUAAAAAACAAGAAAGAAAAAAAAGCUGUACCUAAAGCUGGGUAACUCUGAGUUAACUUUGGGGAUAUUAGUGAUUAGUAUUUGUUACUUUUCUGUCAAGAAUUGUUAUUAUACUUUUUAAAAUAUGUAUUAAACUUCUGCGUGGUGA